AUGCCCUACAGAACCCGAGUCUACGUCAGGCCACCUAUCGACUACCUGAUGGCUCACUCAUCACCAGGACUGAACCUGCUGAACAACUGUCAGCUCUUCUCAAUGCUAAUGUUCGAAAGGCCUCCUAUCGAUUACCAGAUGGUUCAUUUCUGUCAUACCCAGGAGGAGAGGAAGAAAGUGCUGAGAGUGCAAUAUCAUCACCAGGGUUAUCAGAACCCUAACCUCCGAGGUGCCUCUUUCCGCCUACCCUCCUCAUAUGCUGUAGUAUCACCCCAGGUCCAGGGAUCUGGUCCUGAACAACACUGGGCGCAAGGCUCUGAUGGCUUGGGAAUGCAACAGGAUCUAGAUGUCUGGGGUGCAGAGAGGGUUCUACCUCAUGGGACAGUGCAGAACCUUAAUAAAUGGUCCAUGUAUAGAGAUGGGGAGCUGCUGGACCCCCACGGCCUGAUGGGCCAGGAACACAUGGGGCAAGAACCUGGGGAGUGGAAUCUCAGCAGGGAGGGGGAACCACAGGGGAACUGGUUUGACAAGAUGUACUCAAUCAGAAGCCUGCCCACUGUGAUUCAACGGGAGCAAAGAGAGGAAGAUGGCGUGGAAGAUAUGACACAGCUGGAGGAGAUGCAUGAAGGGGCUGUUCUGGUGAACCUAAGGACAAGGUUUGAGAGAGAACUUAUUUAUACAUACAUAGGUAGUAUUCUGGUGUCUGUGAACCCUUACAGGAUGUACAACAUCUAUGGGACGGAUUUGGUGCUGCUGUACAAGGGUUGCGCUCUGGGAGAAAACCCUCCGCAUUUGUUUGCCAUAGCAAACGCUGCUUAUUUCAAAAUGAUGGAUGCCAAACACAACCAGGUCAUAAUAAUCAGUGGGGAGAGUGGGUCUGGAAAAACAGAGGCCACCAAACUCGUCCUUCGCUACCUUGCAGCAAUACAUCACAAAUCUAAUCUUGCACAGCAGAUUAGAAUACUCGAGGCAGCUCCUCUGCUGGAAUCUUUUGGAAAUGCCAAAACUGUGCGGAAUGAUAAUUCCAGUCGCUUUGGGAAAUACAUAGAGGUCUUUCUGGAGGAUGGUGUGAUCAGCGGUGCCAUAACCUCUCAGUAUCUACUGGAAAAGUCCCGUAUUGUCUUUCAGGCCAAAGAUGAGAGGAACUAUCACAUCUUCUACGAGUUGCUGGCAGGUCUUCCUUCGCAGCAGAAGCAGGCUUUCUAUCUACAAGAAGCUGAAACCUACUAUUACCUCAACCAGGGAGGGGAUUGUGGGAUAACAGGAAAGAGCGAUGCAGAGGACUUCCUGCGUCUGCGUUCAGCCAUGGAAAUCCUUCAUUUCACCCCAGAUGACCAGUCGGCCAUCUUUAGAGUUCUCUCUUCGAUACUGCACCUGGGCAACGUCUACUUUCAGAAACAUGAGGCCGACGGCCAGGAGGUGGCGUCAGUGGUGAGCGCUCAGGAGAUCAGAGUGGUGGCGGAGCUGCUGCAGAUCUCACCGGAGGGACUACAGAAAGCCAUCACCUACAAAGUCACAGAGACAAUGAGGGACAAAAUCUACACCCCUCUGACUGUAGAAAGUGCUGUCGAUGCCAGAGAUGCUGUUGCCAAGAUCCUGUACUCGCUGCUCUUUCAUUGGUUAACAGAAAGGAUCAACGCUCAGGUGUACCCUCGCCAACACGCCCUCUCCAUCUCCAUCCUGGACAUUUAUGGAUUUGAGGAUCUGGCCUUCAACAGCUUUGAGCAGCUUUGCAUUAAUUAUGCAAACGAGUACCUGCAAUUCUUCUUCAACAGGAUCGUGUUCAGAGAAGAACAGGAGGAGUACAGCAGGGAGCAGAUCCCGUGGCAGGACAUCACGUUUAGCGACAACCAGCCGUGCAUCGACCUCAUCGCUGCUAAGCCUCAUGGGAUACUGAGGAUCCUGGAUGACCAGAGCUGUUUCCCUCAGGCAACGGACCACACUUUCCUCCAAAAGUGUCACUAUCACCAUGGCAACAACCCGCUGUAUGUGAAGCCAAAGAUGCCCCUCCCAGAGUUCACCAUCAAGCACUUUGCUGGUCGGGUCACCUACCAGGUUUACAAGUUCCUUGAAAAGAACUACGAUCAGGUCCGACAGGAUGUCCUGGACCUGUUCAUUCAGAGCAAGAACAAGAUGGUGUCAAACCUCUUCCUGGUUCAUGCAGAGGUCGUGGGUAAGCAGAGAGGAGGUCACAUGAGGAAGAGCAGCACGGUCACCCGAAAAUACCAGGCUCAGACUGUCAGCAGCAAGUUCCAACAGUCCCUGCUGGAGCUGGUGGAGAAGAUGGAGAGGUGCAACCCUUUCUUCGUUCGCUGUAUUAAGCCAAAUAAUAUGAAGCAACCAGGUGUGUUCGAGGACGAUCUGGUCAGCAGCCAGCUACGACACUCUGGCGUCCUGGAGACCAUUAGGAUCCGUAGGGAGGGAUAUCCAGUCCGAAUGCCAUUCUUUGUCUUCCUCUUCAGAUAUAAAUCCUUGGUGGGGAUUCAGAAGCUACCAGCAGCAACUGGGGACAACUGUGUGAUAUUGCUCAGCAAACUGUGUCCACUCCGACCAGGAAUCUUCCAUGUUGGAGUCACAAAGUUGUUUCUGAAGGAGGACAUCUACCAGUUGUUGGAGUGUAAACGGGAACGCUCCCGUCAGCUUGCUGCUCUCACCCUGCAGCGCUACACCCGCAUGUUCUUCGUCAGGAAACGCUAUGUUGAGUUCCGCAUGAGAAUCGUCAGGUUUGAGGCGCAUUGCCGAGGCUACCUUGUUAGGAAGCAAUAUGUAAAAAUGAGGGAGUGUCUGGUCCGGUUCCGCUCUCUUGUCCACAUGUAUGUCAACCGCAAACAGUACAUCAAGGUACAUGAAGUGUUCUUUUGCCAGGAGAUUGGCAGUUUGCCAUGCCUCUUUCAGGAGCUGACCAAGAGAGAGGUGGUUAAUGUGACACACUUGGUGAUCCCUGCAGAACUGGGCGCUUUGCUGCAGACAGCAGGAGGUGUGAGGGAGCUGCACUCAGACUGUCUGGCUCUGCUUCAGGCUCCUCACAUCCAGGAAGAGGCUCAGCUCACUCUGCCUCUGGACAUCAACAACUACCCGUUCUACCGCUAUGUUCAGAUCCAUUUCAGGGAGCCAAAGUUUGGGAUGCUGAUGGCCCCUCUGGAGUCACCUCUGACCCGGGUGGAAGAUGACCUGAAAGGGGAGGCUCUGGAGCUUUUCAUCAUGGUGUUACGCUUCAUGGGUGACCCUCACCUGAAUGGGGCGCAGGAAAACAUGUUUGGGAAUUACAUCAUCCAGAGGGGCUUGUUGUCUCCGGGGCUUCGAGACGAGAUCCUGGCUCAGGUUGUCAAUCAGGUGUGGAGGAACAUAAAUGCAGACAACGCAGAGAGAGGUUGGCUUCUGCUGCUGGGAUGCAUCUGCAGCUUUUCCCCAUCACCCAAGAUGGACAAAUACCUGCUCAAAUUUGUAUCGGAUCGCGCCCCUGCUGGUUCUCAGGCGUUGCUGCAACACAGACUCAUCCAAGGCAACCAGAAGAUGGAGAUAGGCUCAGGCUCGGCCCCCGAGACUGCACGGACCUAUCCGCUGUCGCUGCUGGAGUGGACAGCCAAUAGGAAGAAGGCUAACAUGGUGUUGCACGUCCACUGCCUUGAUGGAGGGUCAUUCCUGUGUCCAGUCCAUUCCUGGACCAGUGGAGAGGAUUUAGCAGGAGACAUCCUGCGUCACAGGGGAGUGUCUGACUGGUGGAGGGGGAGUUCGAUUCUGAUGAAGGAGCACGGCCAGUGGGUGGAGCUAGCCGGUCAUGACUAUGUGAUGGACCUGAUUGCAGACCUGGAGCUUCCUAUGGACUUCCCAAAACAGAAGAGCUACUUCGUCAUCAGCACCGACAACCCGGCUAGAGUCAGAGCUAAUGCCAGCCUCACUUUGUUCGGCGGUGGCUUUGACUCAGACGAGGAACUUCCUCCUUCUUUAGCUCUCAGCAGCAGCAGACCAGCAUACAGUCUGCCUGACUCUGAUGGUUAUUACAGCCACGAGUCGGAUGCAUUCAGUGACGGUCAGGCUCAGAGAGGAAUGGAUCGCUACCUGGACAGUCUGUUCGACCCUGUGCUGUCCGACAGCAACAUAGACAUGGAGAAGACUGGAAGUUUGUCAGCAAGGAUGAAAGGAGGAGGAGGCAUCGGCAUCACGGGGGGAGAGAGGGGAGAGGGGGAGAGUCAUCCAGCUCGCAGUCGACCUUACCCACCAGGGAUACAUCCAGGAGUUCCCACCCCAUCGGCCUCUCACACCCCCGUUGCCAUCCCUGCUGCUGCCCCCGCUGCCAGUAGAGACACUGAUGUAGCAUCUCAUGUCCCUGGUGUCCCCGGUGUGUCGGCCAUACCCUCGCUCCCAGCCACGACUGUGGUUCAAGGCUUACCUGUGAUGACAGGUGUGCCAGGAUCGGAGCAGGCGGUACUGACUCAGCAGCAACAGGCCAUCAUCAACCAGCAAGCUAUCAUUCUGGCCCAGCAGAUGACCAUGCAGGCCAUUGCAAUCCAGCAGCAGAUGUUGUCCUCCUUCCCCCCCGUUGCUCCGGCCCCCCAGUCACCUCCUGCACAUCAUCACACACACUCGGCACAGCGCUCACACACACCCAGUGUGGCCAAAGACAGUGAGGAGUCUUCACACAAGCUUCAUCGUAAAGCGAAAAGUUAUGUUCCAGGUCCAACACAUGGCCCCCCUCCUGAGGACGUGGUCCGGUCCAGUGUGAGCAACACUGAGCGCAUUGAGCCCAGCCAUGACAUCAAGGAUAUCAUCAAACAGCACCAGCCUGCUGCAGGCACCACAUCUUCCUCUGGAUCUCCCACACAAAGGAGAAGUGACGGAAAGAUGUUUGCGAAGAAGCCAGACCCUCAUGACGAAGCCAUGGAGAUCCUGAAAGAUCAAAUGGCAAACCCACCGCAACCGACUCAGAGGAAGCCGCAGCCAUCCCAACCUAAAGAAGAUGGACGACUAAAGGUUACCAAGACAACCAAGCCUCACUCUGCAGGGCCAAUAAGCUCCAACAUAAGCCCCGCCCCUCCACCAGUCUCAAGAGAUUUGCCAGUAGAGGAGGAGAUCAUUCAGACUCAGCUGCACAGCAGAACCAGCGAUGAGCAUUACACUUAUUCCAACGUCCCGUGGAAACUCUACAUGAGGAAAGAGGUUUUCUAUCCAAAAGAGACCAUCAACAAUCCACUAAUCCUGGACUUGAUCUUCCGACAGGUUGUACAUGACACCUCUUCUGAGGCUUGCAUCCGUAUCACCCAGGAGGAGAGACAGAAGAUGAAAGUUCUGUUUGCGGAGAACAAAGUGGAUCAGGUUUCAGGGACACAUGAUGAAAACGUAAAGAAGAAAGUGGUGGCCAUGGCCAGAGACUCAUGGGAGAUUUACUUUUCCCGCCUCUUUCCCGCCUCUGGCAGUGUGGGGACAGGAGUGCAGGUGUUGUCUGUGUCCCAUAAAGGCAUCAAGCUGCUGAAGAUGGUGAAGAGCAGCUCUGCAGCUUCAGACUACUUCAGAGUGCUGAGGCCUUACAGCUACUCGGACAUCCUGUUUGUGUCUAUUCCAUCUAAGAACAUGCUGGAGUUCAACCUGACCAACGAGAAGCUGAUCCUGUUCUCCGCCAAGGCCCCGCAGGUCAAACAUAUGAUCGACUAUUUCCUCACAGAGCUCAAGAAGGACUCGCAGUAUGUGGUGGCGGUGAGGAACUACAUCACUGAGGACAGAAAUCUGCUCAGCUUCCACAAAGGGGACAUCAUCAGAGUGCAGCACAUGGAUGGACUGGAGGCCGGCAAACAUUAUGGCUGCAUUGUUAGGAAGAAGGUGAUGCUUCUGGAGGAGCUGAAGAGAGAAACUCCAGAGUUUGGGUGGCGGUUCGGGGCCGUGUACGGAAGGUCGGGGGUGUUUCCCAGUGAGUAUGUCCGUCCUGUGGCCGCCCCAGACUUCCUGGUUCUGCCGGCUGAUCGCGUGGAGCCUCGGGACAGGCAGGGACGGGUCGCCGCCUCAGCUGCUGUUGCCGUAGCAAUGGGCUCGGCUGUAGCUGCUCAUGAGCUCGACCUCUCCACAGAGGUAGUAAAUGAGAUGUAUGGGGACGGCCUGAGCGUUGAAAUGAGCGAUCCGCCUCUGCACAGCAGCCAGUACCAAAUGCCGGAGUUUGCCAAAAAGUACUUCAGGGAAGCACAGAGGAACAGGAGUGAUCAGAAAGCCAAAAAGGGGAAAGAGGGCAGGGACCCUGUUGACAUGGUCAAAUUCUCCAAGUCUCCGAUCCACGAGUCUCUGAUUGACUUCUCAGACAGCGGCAUGAACAGAGUGGCAGCAGACAUCUUCAUAGCUGUAAUGAAGUUUAUGGGAGACUUCCCACUGAAAGGCCAGACUGAGCAGGACCUGGUCACCUCUAUACUGACGCUAAGCGGAGACCACGGCCUGAUAAAGGAUGAAACGUACUGCCAAGUGAUGAAGCAAGUGACUGCCAACACCAGCUCUAAACCGGACAGUUGUCAGAGAGGAUGGAGACUGAUGUACAUCCUCACAGCUUUCCAUCGCUGCUCUGAUGUUAUGAAGCCGUUUCUGCUGAAAUUUCUGCAGGAUGCCAGUGACAGCCCCGGGCAGCAGUACCAAGGUAUUGCUAAGGCAUGUGAGCAGAAUCUGAGGAGGACGUUUCAAUAUGGCGGACGUGUGCAGUAUCCCAACAGCAUGGAGCUCAAAGCUAUGCUGGCUGGGCGGAGCUCCAAGAGACAGCUGUUCCUGCUUCCAGGUGGGAUUGAGCGGCACUUGAAAAUCAAGACGUGCUCUGUUGCUUUGGAUGUGAUUGAGGAGCUUUGCCAAGAAAUGGAGCUGCACAGGUUGGAGGCGUUGGAUGAAUAUGCCAUCUUCUUGGUCACACACAGAGGUCAGAAUGUUCGUCCCCUGAACAAACGCGAGUACAUCCUGGACAUCGCUACAGAGGCAGAGCCGGUGGACACCAACUACAGUCUUUGGUUCAGAAGAGUCAUAUGGAGUCUGGCUCUCAAACUUGACAAUGAACUCUACGUCACCAUGCACUACAACCAGGUGUUGCCAGACUACCUGAAAGCCUUGCUGAGUGUGGUUCCUCAGGGUAAGGCCAGCGAUCAGCAUCUGCAGCAGCUCGCCAGGCUGGCUGCCCUACAGCACCGUGCCAAGGACACCAUCUACCUGCCCACCAUCCGUGAGGUGCAGGAGAGUGUCCCCCCACAGUUCUACAGCAAACAGGGUUCGCAGCAUUGGCUGAACAUGACAACUCAACACAUGCAGCAGGUCCAGCCCUUAAACCCACACCAGGCCCGCGCACAGUUCCUUGGUCUGGUCAGUGCCUUCCCCAUGUUCGGCUCCUCCUUCUUCUACAUCCAGAGUUCGAGCUCCGCCUCUAUCCAGGCCCCAUGCAUCCUGGCUGUCAAUCUGAACGGACUGCACUUCCUUAACAAGGAUACUCAUGAGGCUAUGGUGCGUUUCCCUCUGAAGGAGGUCCAGUCAACUCGCACCCAGAGACCAACUUCAGGCUCCAGUUACCCAUAUGUGGAGAUCAUGAUAGGAGACCUGCUCAACCAGCGCAUCACUCAGCUGCAGCUGGAGCAGGGCCUGGAGCUGUGCCGAGUCAUUGCCAUGCACAUGGAGAACAUGUUGUCAGUCCGAGAAAAGAGACUCACUUUACCACCAAGUGAAAUCACCCUGCUGUAG